CGCAUCCCGAAGGAAACAAACAAUCGUGAGGAACGCGGAAAGAGAAGAUGAGGAACGAGAUGAAUGUUCGGUCGCUGCUGCGAGUAUAAAUAAAGUAAGCAUCAUCAAGUCGACGUCAAAUUUGCCAUGUCAGAUAACCGCAGUGCGGUGGACCGUAACCUCAAAGCAGAUCUAAUCUAACCUGACCUAACUUAACCCUAACCUAACUAAACGCGCGAAAACUCGCCUUGAGGAAAUAAAAAGUUUCCGCGAUAGCGGAACGACGUAAAAAUGUGAUUUCUCGCUCGGCUCGGUGUGUCGACCAAAAAAAAAAACCGUAUGCCUCGCGUAAUCACGAGGAACGGUGAAGAUAAGAGAAACGCGCGAUGGACAACUACUCCGUGCGUAUCAAUUAUCCGCAGACCGGUCGUGGAGACUCCGACGAAUCGUCCGUACCGCAUGACAGCCAGCAGCACACGGAUCAUCCUUCAAGGAAGCGUGAGGAAGUGAUCGUUCUGACAAGCGACACGAAGGGCGGUCUGUUUAAUCCAAGAGCUUUGUUGUUUCUCACUCUGUGGUACGUCUUCAGCGGAUGUACACUGUUUCUGAACAAAUACAUACUGUCUUACAUGGAAGGUGAUCCGACUAUUUUGGGUGCUUGCCAGAUGUUGAUGACAGCAAUUUGUGGAUUGAUACAGAUGUACUUUCCGUGCGGCAUGUACAAAGCCAGUACGAGGUUGAUGAGGCCGCCAGGAUUUUACAAACACAUGACACUAGUUGGAUGCACAAGGUUUGCCACCGUAGUCCUAGGUUUAGUGUCAUUAAAUUAUGUAGCCGUAAGUUUCACAGAAACUAUAAAGAGUAGCGCACCACUUUUCACCGUCCUCAUCAGCAGGUAUUUGUUAGGGGAACAUACGGGAUUAUAUGUGAAUCUGUCUUUGAUACCUGUAAUGGGCGGACUGGCACUGUGUUCCGUCAACGAGAUCAGUUUUGAUCUUCGUGGAUUCAUCGCGGCUAUGGCCACGAAUCUAACCGAAUGUCUGCAGAACGUUUACUCCAAAAUGUUGAUCAGUGGUGAUAACUUCAAGUACACACCGGCGGAAUUACAAUUUUAUACUAGUUUAGCGUCAAUUGUGGUACAAAUUCCAGUAUCGAUAUUACUUGUCGAUUUUCCCACUUUGGAGCAUUCCUUCAGCUUUAAAUUAUUCGCGGCAUUCCUUCUCAACGGGGUGUUCUUUCACUUUCAAAGUAUCACCGCUUACGUACUUAUGGACUACAUCAGUCCCGUGACACACAGCGUCGCCAAUACCGCAAAAAGAGCUUUUUUGAUAUGGCUGUCUGUUCUGCUAUUCAACAACCCGGUGACAGGAUUAUCGGCACUUGGUACUUCGUCAGUUAUAAUAGGAGUGUUGCUGUACAAUCGGGCGCAAGAAUAUGACAGAAUAAGUAAAGCAAAAUUACGGUACUCGUCGAAGAUCAAUCUGCAAUAGAAGAAGUUUUCCGAGACAUAGAUGUUUUUAUAUGUAUCAGUGAAGACGCGCGUGUGAGUGUGAAAGAGUGUGUGUGUGUGUGUGUGUGUCAUUUACACCUAAACGUAUCGCGUAUAUUGCAUUGGUAGUACAAAUGACAUCCAAUUUUUACAUAACAGUAUUUUGUUCGUAGCAGAACGCAAAGUACUAUUUAUUUAGUAAUUAGAAACAUAUUGAAACAAAGUGCAAUCGCAAUUAUAUAUAUAAAUUAUUAUAUUGAUAAUUAAUUAUGAAGUUUCCUAUUCCAGAGGAGUAAAAAAAUGUGAUCCAGCAUGUAGUGUUUUUCUCAUAUACAAACUGUACAUAUAAAUAAAUAUUCACAGACACAUGUGUAUAUAUUGUCGCGUUAUCGCCGCGACGUCUCGCGCGUCUCCGCGGAGUAAUGACAACACAAAGAAGAACGUUAGACACACACUUUUAUUCGUAAACCCCGAGUACGCGAAAAAAAAUCCGGAGCCGCCGCACAAAUCUUCCGAACGCGCUCCGAUUCCCGUUUGAAUCUGACGCUUGAACAUCGGCGUCAACAAUUCCGUUGCUAUCCGAUCUUCGCCCGAACAAAUGCUCCUCCGUCGAUCGAUGGAACAUCGAACUGCCUCUUCACAUAUACCGAGUGACGACACAUCACUCUCGCAACACUGCUCCGUUUUUCUUCCAGAUCGUCGUCCCGACGAUCAAAAGGAGACUCCAGUCUUCUCGCUCUCUUCUAAGCUGCUGUUUAAGAAUCUUGAGUCAACUGGACGAAGAAACUCUUCUCGAGGAUCUACUCUCCUGAGCUUCUCUAGUCAUAUCUUCGGUAUCUUCUUGGUUUCAGCCAAUGGGAGGGGGGAGGGGAAUUCACGUGGACUCACUGGGAAAACCACGCUCAAAAAUCGUGAGCGAUCUUCUUUAACAGAAACAAAUCUAAGAAAAUGACAGUUUCGAGACGAUCCGGAGCAGCGACGACGUCCCGCGACGACAAUGACGACUCGGGACAGAAACGGGAUAGCAACGGGAAUUGAAAGAAACUAACAUGAGUAUCUACAACUUAAACAACAAGACAUGAAAAUAUUUAAACAUUAACAGAACUUCCACGUGUGACUCGGUCUUUCAUGAGAAACGAAAGAACGAAGCCCAAUCUAUCGGCACGAACAUACUUGUUCCUAUGUCUACUCGAGCGACGAAUACACAGUAAAUCACAUUCAUUCGAUCACUUAAAAAUUUCACACGGACGGAGAACCGCGGAUUCCACCGAUGUUUCCACUCGUCCCUUCUUCCUCACGACAGACGAAUCGCUGUCUAAUUCGGUUUCCAUCUCUCGUGCUUUAGAAGCACAGAACGCGGCGCGCGUUUUCAUCUCGGAAUUUUUUUAAACGCUUUUCUCACCGACCGAUCGCGAGCUCCCAAAAUUGUCGCGUUACCGCGCUCCGCUCAAAGAAAUGACAACACAGAGAAGAGAACGUUAGACACACACUUUAUUCGUAAACAGAGUACAGAGAGGGCGAGAAAAUCCGAAUGCCGCCGCACGAUUCUUCCGAACGCUUGAAUCCGUUGUUUGAACAAUCGGCGUCAACAAUCCGUUGUUACCCGAUCUUCACCUGAACAAAUGCUCUUCCGUCGAUUGAUAAAACAUCGAACUGUCUCUCUUCGUAUACCGAGUGACGACACACAUUGCAUCUCGCAACAAUAUAUACAUAUACAUAUACGAUAUAGAAAUCAACUGAAUAUUAAAUUUAUUUAAAAGAAAAAAAAGACGAAGCAAGAUCCGAGCAUUUUAGUUUUCUCUGAGUGAAGGUGUUUUAUUUUCUGCGGUCUAUCGUGACACUAAAUUGUAAUUCGUAUCAGCUACAUAUAUGAUGGAUCUCAUCGCUUUUACACAUGCAACUAGAUAUUAUUUUGAAAAAAACCUAAAAAAAUUUAUAUUGGUCGUGAAAAUUUGACUCAUAAAAAAUAAUGUGUUUGCGUGGUCAUCAUAUCUCUUCGGAUGAAAAACAAAAAUAUUGAGAGACAAGUAAUUUAUAUUAUGUGGCAAAAAGUAUCGUCUAUUGCUGUAUAUCAUACAGUGUUCCUAAACCUGAGAGAACUUCAGAGAACUAUGGAAUGUAUAUAAAACUGUUUUAUAUAAAAAA